CAGGAAGGUGGAGGCGGACCUGCCCCACAUUUCCUCACAAACAAGCCGCGCUGCUGGGCCUCUCCGUCUUUUUGGACGGGACUUUGAGCAGAAGCUGCAGGAAACCUUUCAGAACCCCUCAGGAGGAUGCCGAGUCAGCUGGAAGGCGCCAUGGGCGCGCUCAUCACCGUUUUCUACAACUACUCCGGAAACGACGGAGACAAGCACAAACUCAACAAAGGCGAGCUGAAGGAGCUCCUGCACAGCGAGCUCACCGACUUCCUCACGUCCCAGAAGGAUCCGCUGCUGGUGGAGAAAAUCAUGAACGACCUGGACUCAAACAAAGACAACGAGGUGGAUUUCAACGAGUUUGUGGUGCUGGUGGCCGCCCUGACCGUCGCCUGCAACGACUUCUUCCAGGAGCAGAACAAGCACGCCAAGUAGACGUCUGCAGAGGUCCAGCUGGGCACCAAACACAGACCUAUUUUUGACCAAAUAUGCUUAAGUCUCAUCCCCACCACUUGAUGUGAUGAUAUAUUGUGUUUACUGCAAAUGUGAGUGAGAAUAAAGCAGAAGAACAAAGUGUCCUUUCCAUGCUGCAUCUGCUGUCACGGAGCUUUGAUUUGCUACAGCCUUGGAUUCAUUUCAGCUCCUGUCUGAGUUUUUCCUCCUCCAGACGUCACAUAACGACUCCUGCUAGAAAUAAUUCGGUGACAUUUUACUUAAAAAAAACAAAACUUUUCUGUGGCAGUUCGUUGAAGCAGAUGUUCCACAUUAAAACUGCUGGACUCAAUUUUAAAUGUCAAUGGUAAAGUAUGCUGUGUUUUUCCUGAUGCUGCAGUUUGUUGGUGUUUAAUUUCCAAAAUAAAAGGCUUUACCUCAUGUGA